CAGCAAUUGUGCUGUAGAAUCUUGGGAGUUGUGUAAAUCUUUACACCGCCGUUUUGUGUCUGACGCGGCUAAUUUCUGGACUUAUCUUCGUGCUGUUAACUUGACACAAUGCGGGAGACCCUGGAGCCCACUUUCUAUCCAGGUAUCUGGAUAGACGGUUGCAUCCAGUUGCAUCCAUGGCUAUUUAGUCGAACUAAAUCAUGCAGUCCCGUCCACAUAGGUAAGAAGAUUGCUUUUGUGAUAGGUGUCCUAUCACAAUUUCUGAACUCCUGAGUCUCCUAGAAGCCUUGAAACAGGAUGGAGCUAGAGAAUCGGUGAGUAUUAGGGGGUAAAUAAGAGACAUAUCGUUAAUAUAAGAUGGGGGGGCUUCGAACUCAUCUCUACUUGUACGACUGAAUCCGGUAUCACUCUACACUGCCUCUCCCCUCACGCAACUUCCUCUUCAAACCAAGCAAACGGCCGCAACGCAAAACAAAGGCGCAAAAAUGUCUGGCGACAACACAAGCGAGCAGCUGCCAGCUGUCCCCUCAGAGAUUACUGCCGAAUGGCUUGGCGCCAAGCUCGGACAGAAGAUCAAGUCCAUUGAGAACACUCACAACAUCUGGGGAACUGGCAGCAAGCUGUUCUACACUAUCACGUAUGAGGAUGAGAGCAGCGAGCCGAGACCAACUCACGUCUGCAUCAAGGGCGUCUUCGACCCCAAGAUGAUUGAGGACCAGCCGUGGACAGUCAGUCUGGCACAGCGAGAGUCGGACUUCUUCUCAAAGAUCGCCCCUGGGCUGGAGAACAUGCUCUUCCCCAAGGGCUGGUGGAGCGGCCAGAGCGAGAAGCAGGGUAUCGCCAUCAUGGACGACCUGACUAAGGAUGGCGUUACGUUCCCCCCCGAAGUCGCCUCAUACUCGGUCGACCAGGUUAUGAACGGUGUUCAGCAGCUGGCUGGCCUGCACGCAAAGUACUGGGGCCAGAGUCAAGACGACCACCCUUGGAUCUGGAACAACUACGACCCGGCAAUGAAGUUCAUGUGCACGCCGUGGGAUGAUGUGGUGCGAAGCCCAGGCCGGCCCCAAUUGCCCGAGUACCUCAUGGAUGGCAAGCGGUGCAAUGAGGCCCUGGAUCGCUACUACGCAGAGCGUAACCCGCGGUUCCGAACUCUGCUACAUGGAGACACUCACAUGGGGAACGUGUACCUGACAUCCGACGGCCGCAUCGGGUUCCUGGACUGGUCUGCCUUCCACUUCGGUUCCUGCUUCCACGAUGUCGUCUACCACAUGACGGCGAUGCUGACUGUCGAGGACCGCCGGGCCCAUGAGAUGAAGAUCCUGGACCACUACCUCGAGACGCUGCACCGCCUCGGUGGACCCAAGUUCGACCGCCACAACGACCCAGAGGUUAUGAUUGAGUACCGACGCUCGUUCAUGACCAACGUGAUCUGGAUCAUCUGCCCUGAGGCUCUGCAGAGCAGAGAGCGUAUUGCCUCCCUAUGUGAGCGUACCGUGGCUGCUUACAACGACCACAAGGUCAUCGAUGUCAUCCUGGACGCGCCUAAGCCGGCUGCUGCUGCCUGAGACUGAGACGCAGGGGGAGCAAGAAACCAUUAACCGAACUCCAUCGCGGUGGUGUUAUAAUGUUAUCAUGAGUAGUACCAUUUUGUACUAGUAUUAAAACGAAACUACAUAAAUACUAGUAGUUUACCUAUAUCCAUAGCCAAAUAAACAACGCAGUAAAAGUCGCCUGAACCGAU